AUGAAUACUGGGUCUAAAUGUGUUAUCUGCUAUAAUGAUGAUAGUGUUAAGGAAUGGGCAAUUACAGAAUGCAAUCAUGUUUGUUGUUUAAAAUGUGCGUUACGUUAUAAGUUUAUUUCUAAUAAGUCUGGAUGUCCGAUUUGUUUGAAAGAAAUUGCCGAAACUGAAAUGAUGUUCAAAGUCAUUAAAGAUCCCGAAAUUGACCGGUUUAGAAGGACUAGGGAUGAUUAUUUAUGGGCGAAUUGUAUUGUUUGUGUGGAUGAAGACUUGCCGGUGAUUGAAGAAAUCUUGCGACGGGCUUGUCAAAUGUGUGCUACUGAGUUUUAUGAUACGCAAUCUUUACUGGGGCAUUAUGUGAGUAAGCAUAAGCGGCGACUUUGUGAAUUGUGUGUGGAAUAUAGAUGUGAAUUUCCGGCUGAGUAUGUGGUUUAUACUGAGGCUGGACUUAUGCAGCACUGUAAUGGAACGGGUCCAGUUGAUGGUCAUCCUAAGUGUGCUUUUUGUCGCGAACGGUUUUAUACUCAGGACGUACUGGUGAAGCAUUGUCGUAAAGUUCAUGAACUGUGCUAUCUGUGCGAGCGCUUGGGGAAGAGACAUGAGUACUAUAAAAACUACCGUGAAUUAGAGAAACACUUGGUGAAGUCGCAUUUCACUUGUACUGAGAAGAUGUGUAUAGAAGCUAAAUGCUACGCCUUUAUAGAUGAGGUAGAACUGGCCGCGCAUCGGGCUUCUUUACAUCCAGCUAAGAAAGAGGAGAAGGUUAAGCUUACUUAUACUCAGCCAAUGCCAGGGAAGGGAAGUGCUGGACUAACUAAGAAGUCGAGUAAACCUAGUGCCCCGGUUGUGGUAGCAGCUGUUCCAGACUAUCUUAAUCGGGAAGCAAUUGCUAAGCAGCGCACAUUGAGGGAGAAGUAUACGGCAUGGAUUGAGCGCGAGUACAGAUCGCCGGCCGAAAUAGUUAGGUUAACGACGGAGUACAAUGAGUCGAAGAUAAGUUUGUUGCAACUAGUUGAUGAAGUACGUGCAUUGAUUGGUAAUCAGUCCUGUUUUGAUUUUGUAAUGAGAGUUCGCACGUUUUUACUUCCUGAUCGGAUGAAAGAUAUCGAUGGUAAUUUGGGUAAAAUCAAAAGAAACAUUGAAUUUCCGCCGUUUGUAGCAUCGGCUCCUCCUCCUCCGGCAACGACUUCCUUAUCAACUGCUAGUAGUUCAGCUACUAAUCCGGCUAAAGGCCAAAAACUAGGCUGGGGUGGAGCUGUCACGCGCAAUGCCUGGAAGGCUGCAGUUCAAGGCAGCCACACUCUUAAUAACAAGUCUGCCCCUAAUAAGAGAUAA